GGAGUUCCCGGCUUCCCGCGAGCCUCGCCGUCUUACGGCUGUCAAUAGCCGUACCGUGCCAUUCUCGCGGUCGCGGGCAGCAGUUCACUUCACUGGAAGCAACCCCCGCCGGCACCGGAAGCGGAGCAGAUCACCGUCGUCAUAGAAGAAUGAAGUUCAGGGCUUCGAACAAGCUCCCACUCUUCCCUCACCAUCGCAUGGCGCUCCACCAUCUGCAGAACCAGCGCAGGUUCUUAACUUCGUUCUUCGCUAAGAAGGUCCACCAAGCAGCUCAAGCUCGCGCCUCCUUCAAUGGCGGCGGCAGAGCCGAUUCCAAUGGUGGCUCUUAUUUGGUUCCUGGUGCCACCGUUGCUACUAUCCUCAUGCUCGGAGCUCUCCACGCUCGUCGCCUCUACGAAGACAAAAAGGUUGAAGAGGCGCGGGAGAGGGGGGUUGAAUUUGAGUUCCAACCGGAUGUGAAAGCAUCGUUCUUGAGAUUUCUACCUCUCCGAACAAUUUCAAGAUUUUGGGGUCAUUUGACAAGCGUGGAAGUUCCUGUCUGGCUGCGCCCUUACCUUUGCAGAGCAUGGGCACGAGCAUUCCACUCAAACUUAGAAGAAGUGGCACUUCCGCUUGAGGAAUAUGCAUCACUGCAAGAAUUCUUUGUCCGUUCCUUAAAAGAAGGUUCGAGGCCCAUUGACCCUGAUCCAAAAUGCCUGAUAAGCCCAGUUGAUGGAAUUGUUCUUAGAUUUGGAGAAUUAAAGUCUACAGGGGCUAUGAUUGAACAAGUAAAGGGGUUUUCUUACUCAGUUGCUUCUCUUCUCGGAGCGAACUCUAUCCUUCCUAUGAUGGCUGAGAGGACUCAUAAAGAGGAUGACUUAAUAGAUAAUCCUCCGAUAGAGCAGGGCAAGAAAUCAUGGUGGAGAGUGUCCUUGGCCUCACCCAGAGUUAGGGAUCCGGUGCCAGGAUGUCCAGUAAAAGGCCUCUUUUACUGCGUAAUUUACUUGAAACCUGGAGACUAUCAUCGGAUACAUUCACCAGCUGAUUGGAAAAUCCUUGGCCGUCGACAUUUUUCAGGGCGUCUGUUUCCUCUUAAUGAACGUGCUACAAGGACAAUCAGAAACCUUUAUGUGGAGAAUGAAAGGGUUGUUCUUGAAGGUCUUUGGCAGCAAGGUUUUAUGGGAAUGGCUGCGAUUGGUGCAACAAAUAUUGGAUCAAUUGAGCUUUAUAUCGAACCAGAGCUUCGAACAAACUGUCCAAAGAAGAAAUUACUACAGUCAGAGCCUCCUGAGGAACGGUUUUACGAACCUGAAGGCGUCGAGAUCACAGUCAAGAGAGGAGAUGAGGUGGCUGCUUUCAACAUGGGAUCAACAGUUGUCCUCGUUUUCCAAGCUCCAACAUCAGAGUCAUCGGCAAAAGAUGAAUCAUCCGGUUUCUCAUUCUGUGUGAAGAAAGGGGAAAGGGUCCGAGUCGGGUCAGCCCUCGGGAGGUGGCAUGAGACCAACUCUGAAGUUUGACUCAACGAUCUUCACUGCGUUGUUGCCUUCUUUUGUCUGCAAGCAGCAGGGUUUUUGAUUGGACAAUUGAAGUUGCAAUUAGCUUCGUGCUUUGUAAUAUUACUCAAAUAUCUGAGCCUGAAUGUUAAACUUCACGGUUUCUUUCUUAGUCACAACGAAGAAAUCGGCGAAGUUGCAACUGAGUAUGAACUGUACAGGUAGUCCUUUGACAACAGUCAAUUAUUGUGAUCGGUUAGAUGCAAAAGUAGGUUUUCUUUUACCCGCUU